UCUAUGCAUAUGUUUGAUAACCAUUGACCAUCGAAUUGGUCUAUGAUUGAGAGUCACAAAACAAUCUUAAAAAGAUUAGUACUAUCAAAGUGGACCCCACUUAAAUAACCACUUUUAUGCCAUAAAUUAUGUUAGAUUGUAGUUUAAGGCAAGUCUUAAAAAUGCAAUAAGUGAAAUGAAUGAUGCAAAUGAUGAAAACUAAACUAAACUACUAGAAUUUUCAGUUUAAGGGAUGCUUUGCUUGAUACUACUUUGAAAAACAAAACACAAAAAAAGCAUGAAGAUUUUAUGCUCAUUUUUUCUACUUUUAGUUUCAAUCCACAACCUUUGUUGUUGUAACCUAUAAACUUGUUUUGUCCAAGAAAUUGUCUUUGAAGUUUGAGGUAUAACUCUUGGAACGACCCUCCCUUCUUUUGUGCCUUUCAAAUUCUCUGCAAUAUUUCCUCAUUUUCUAGACUCUUGUCUCACGGUACACGCUUCUUUCUCUCAUUUUUUGAGCUUUUUUCACUUCUUUUUUUGUUUCUUAAAUCUUGUACCAACUUUUGUAUUUUAUCGAAUUCGUAUUCUCUGGAGUCAAUAAUUGCACGCAUUCACGCAACACUCUCGUUGAUUCGAGAUUGGACAGUGAAGAUAUGAACCGUCUGAUCUUAAUUCAACGACAGUAUUAAUUUCGUGAAUGUGUGGAGUGUCUAUAUAUGCUAGAUUUCUAGUACUACAUAUAUACAAAACCUAUCAUAAUGUCAUUCAAGAGUAUUGUGAGAGAGAUCAAGGAGAUGAAAGAAGGAAUUGGAAUUAUGUAUAGAAAAAAGGUAGAAGCUAAGAAUAUGUAUAGACAUGGAAAAUCUCACAUUGCACCAGAAUGUUCAUCACCAAUAUCAAUAUCACUAUCACCAAUCGAAACACCGUCUUCGUCGUCAUCAUCAUUGUCACAGAGCAAAUGGGCUAGUUUACCUCCUGAGUUGCUGUUAGACAUAAUUCAAAGAGUGGAAGCUAGUGAAACCUCUUGGCCGUCUCGCCGAGCACUUGUAGCUUGUGCCUUAGUUUGUAGAUUGUGGAGAGAGAUAACAAAAAGUGUGGUUAAGACACCUGAACAAUGUGGUUGGAUUACUUUCCCUAUUUCGUUGAAGCAGCCUGGUCCAAGAGACAAUUCAAUUCAGUGUUUUAUUAAGAGAGAAAGGGUUUCUUCUACAUAUAGUUUAUAUCUUGGUUUGAGCCCUGCUCUUUCUGGUGAUAUGAGCAAACUUCUCUUGGCGGCAAAGAAGAUAAGAAGAGCAACAUGUACAGAAUUUUUAAUAUCAUUGGUAUCUGAUGAUUUCUCUCAAGCUAGCAAUACUUACAUUGGAAAGUUAAGGUCUAAUUUUCUCGGGACGAAGUUCACGAUCUUGGACGGUCAUUCUCCACGUGAUUCUUCGCUUCCAUCGAAUUGCGAGUUGCAUCAAAAGGUCCAUCGGAAGCAAGUACUUCCGAGAGCUGCUACUGCUAACUAUAAAGUAGCAACAGUAUCUUAUGAACUCAAUGUUCUUCGUACGAGAGGUCCAAGGCGAAUGCGGUGUACGAUGCACUUAAUUCCUAUAUCUUCUGUUCAAGAGGGGGGGACUGCUCCUACUCCUAUGGAGUUUAGCAAUUUUCGUAAUGAGCGUGAAUCUUCAAAAGGAAAGAAACCAGAAGUUGUUGAAUUUGGCUCAACUUGCACUGAUUCUGCAAGAGAACCACUGAUUUUGAAAAACAAAGCACCUAGAUGGCAUGAACAACUUCAAUGUUGGUGCUUGAAUUUCAAGGGGCGGGUUACGGUGGCUUCGGUUAAGAAUUUCCAGCUUGUAGCAGCUGCAGAACCUUGCCACAACGUUUCGGCUGCAGAACAAGAGAAAGUUAUACUUCAAUUUGGAAAAAUUGGCAAGGACAUAUUCACCAUGGAUUUUCGAUAUCCUCUCUCCGCUUUUCAAGCUUUCGCAAUCUGUUUGAGUAGCUUUGACACAAAACCAGCUUGUGAAUGAUAAUGCCUUUGCAAUCUUAUUUGAUAUAAAAUGUACAUAUUUACUUGAGAAAAUGCUGCGGAAAAUAACUUUCAUUUUUCAUUCUGCAGGUCCAAGUUUGUGUAAUGCUAGCUGUUAGAAUCAAUGUUUAAUGUGUAAUUAAGUUUGUUAAUUU